AUGGGAGACAGGUACGCGGCGCUGCACCGGGGGCAGAUACACCUGGACUACAUCCAGACUAACAGCACAACUCACAGCUUCCUUUUUGGAGCCCUUGCUGAAUUACUUGACAAUGCAAGAGAUGCAGGGGCUACAAGACUUGAUGUGUUUUCAGUGGAUAAUGAAAAACUGCAGGGUGGAUUUAUGUUGUGCUUCUUGGAUGAUGGAUACGGAAUGAGUCCUGAGGAAUCUUCAGAUGUCAUUUUCUUUGGGAUGUCUCGGAAACGGAUAGCUGCCUCAAGGUUCAUUGGACAUUAUGGCAAUGGUCUUAAAAGUGGAUCCAUGAGGAUAGGGAAAGACUUCAUUCUUUUUACCAAGAAGGAAGAAACAAUGACCUGCAUUUUUCUAUCUCAGACUUUUUGUGAAAGUGAAGGUCUCAGCGAGCCUUUCAGCACUAACGCCAUGCCAAAGCCCAACUCUGGGUUACCUCAACAUCUCCCUUCUCUACGGGAAUUGUGGAAAUUGUGUAAUGGAGCUGGUCUCCCAGAACGAUGGUCAUUUAGAGCCUACACAUCUGUGUUGUAUUUUGACCCUCGGAUGAGGAUAUUCAUCCAGACCAAAAGAGUUCAGACGAAGCACCUGUCUUACUGCCUCUACAGACCCAGAAAGUAUCUCUAUGCCACAUCUUCUUUCAAAGGAGUAUCAAAAAAUGAAGUAAAAAAGGCAGAGGUGGCAGUAAAAAUUGCUGAACAAAUGGUAAGAGAAGCACGAUACAAAAUAAAAUCCGUCCGAACUGGUUUGCCUUCUGCCAAGGAUAUGUUAAAGAAAGCUUUGGAAGACUCAGAAUUGAAGCAGAAGACGCUUAAGGAGAAAGAAAAAGAACUGAAAAAACCGAAGAAGCUUUAUCUAAUCUUUGGAGUGAACAUAGAAAACAGAAGCCAAGAUGGAAUGUUCAUUUACAGUAAUUGCCGCCUGAUAAAAAUGCAUGAGAAAGUGGGGCCACAAUCAAAACCUGGGUCUCUGCUUGGUGCUGGUGUGGUUGGAAUUGUUAAUAUACCUUUGGAAGUGAUGGAACCAUCUCAUAAUAAACAAGGAUUCCUCGAUAUCAAAGAAUAUAACCACUUACUUAAAAUCAUGGGACUUUAUUUGGUCCAGUAUUGGAAGGACACCGGAUUCAGCAAUAAAAAUCCAAUUCUCUUCUGGAAUGAAUUUGGAUACCAGAGUAGCAAGUGGUUGGAGAAGCCUUUAAAUUCUGCUCGGUACAGAAGAAAACAAGCCAGGGAGAUCCCGUUCAUCAUUCAGUGUGAUCUUUGCCUUAAAUGGAGAGUUUUGCCUUCCUCUGAUGAUUAUAAAAAGAGAGAAAAUCUUAGCAAUUGGACCUGUUCUGAUAAUCCAAACCUCUUGGAAAACAGUUGUCAUAGGCCAGAACAACUUCCUUCUUUACCCCUGGGCACCAUGAAACAAGUAUCAUCAUCCUCAGAAAAUGAGAAAGAAAAACAACUCAGAGAUUCAGUGCAAAGAUAUCAGAAUAAAUUGGCAGAACAGCAAUCACAGAAUUCUUACUUUGUGCCAGCAAAUAAAACUACAGAGUUCCUCCCCAGCUCCCAAGCUUCAGCACCCAAGGAAUAUCCAAAAUCCAGGACAGUCGUGCCUCGAAGAGAUGCUCUAGAACGAGAUACCUGUUCAUCCUCAAUGGUUUGGACCAGCCAUUUGAGCCAGAAAAGAAGGUGGUCAAGGAUAGAUUCAACCUCAAGCCAUGUUUUUGAGGGUAAAAUUCCAGAAACAACUGUGACGGGAAAAGUGAGAGUGAAGCAACCAAGACAUGCAGAAAAUACCAAGAUCAAUGAAAGCUUCCAGGUAUCUUCUUGGGUAGCAAAAAGGGAGCCCCAUCAAGGUUUUGUGAAAGGCUCUAAAAUUAUCAUUGAUGAUGAAGAUAGUGACAGUGACCCUGAUUUAAUUAUGUUUGCAGAUGAAAAUGAUGCUGUCAUGACCCCAAAACGUGAAAAGGAGGAGCCCAUGCAGAACAAAGAUUUAGACUCUGCGGAAGGGAAACCAAAUCUUUGUGCUAAUAUUCGAGAAAUAAAACAGAACUCUUCACCACUUCUCUUGGAAAGUCUAUCAACAGGUGAUAGAAGUCUAUGCCCUGACAAGAAAGAAAAUGUUUUUAUGAAGGAAGGUGAUGUUGCUUUUCCUAUGAUAAAGCCUCCUCAAAGCACCUGUGUCAAGAAGACAGUAGAAAAAUUGAUGGCUCAAUUAAGAGAGAUUCUUCUUUAUUUCCACCCUCACUGUAAGCUCUCCAAGGACGUUGACUGCAAGUCUAUGGAGGAACUGAUGGCCAUGUGCGAGCUGGAGAAUUGCCCUGAGCAGCUAAACAAAAAACUACAAAUGUGCUGCGACCAGAUCUGGAGUGUUUACAUGGUCCAGUAUGAAAAGAAAGUAAGGAAGAAAAUGCAGUCCAUAACUCAGCAGGCAAACAAGACAGCAAUGAAUAAUGAAGCUCAUUUUAAACAAUGUGAAAAACAAAUAAAAAUUACUGAAAAUAAACUGAGAAGCCUCCGGGCAAAAGUGUCAACAUUGCUGAGUAACUGGAAUCUGAGUACUUCUGAUGACUUGGAGAACAUUGAUAGUUAUGUAGAAGCUUUGCUGAAUGAAGAAAAUCUUUUUCUACCCGAUACUUUAAAACUAGUAACAAGAAAGUCAGGACAGGGUCUCCCUUCCUGUGAAGAGUAAAAAAAAAUGUGCUUUCUAAAUUACCCCCUUUUCAAAAUUGUU